CAUUGCGGGCAUGUCACUGACAAUUUGCAUUAGCCGAAAGAAAAUAAUGGCAUCAGCAUAAUAAACUGCCAGUAUGUCGUUUGUAUUUAACAUCGUUUAUAUCAAUGUACCUUAACUUCUUUUAUUUAUUCCGUUUCAGAAUAGCUCCGUAGUAUUAAUUAAUCUGGCAGCCUGGUAGCUAACUACCGUCUACGGUAUACGAGGCCAGUGGCAAAGCGAGAUGACGACCAGGAGAGCCAACCGACAUCCUCGGACAUGUCCCUGUUUGUUCGCCAUCUUUCUGCUAAUUUGGAGUGUGCAGCUGGUGAAGGCAGCCACUGAAUAUGACCCAUACAAAAUCCUGGGUGUCAGCAGGAGUGCAAGUCAAACAGAAAUCAAGAGGGCAUACAAGAACCUUGCUAAAGAAUGGCAUCCAGAUAAGAACAAGGACCCUAAAGCUGAGGACAUGUUCAUCAAGAUUUCCAAGUCAUACGAGAUUCUGUCUAAUGAGGAGCGAAGGUCCAACUUUGACCGCUAUGGACAGAUGGACGAGAACCAGGCCUUUGGCCAGUCACAGCAUCACGGUUUCCGCAGCUUCCACAACAGCUUCUACUUUGAUGAGUCUUUUUUCCAUUUCCCCAGGUCCAGGGACUUUGCGGACAGCAAGUACCUACUUCAUCACGCGCAGUUUAACAGCGACGUCCUUCCAGACAGCCACAAGAGGCCGUAUCUAAUCAAAGUGACCUCUGAUUGGUGCUUUGCGUGCGUCCACAUUGAGCCUGUGUGGAAGGAGGCAGUGCAGCAGCUGGAGCCACUGGGUGUUGGCAUUGGCAUUGUGGACCUUGGUUACGAGCGUCGCCUGGCCAACCAGCUGGGAGCUCACCGUGCUCCCUCCAUCAUCGGGCUAGUGAACGGCAGGGUGACAUUCUUCCAUCAGGCCGUGGUGCGGGAGCACCUGCGACAGUUCAUUGAAGACCUGCUCCCCCAGAAACUGGUGGAAAAGAUCACAGAUAACAACUACCAGGGUUUUCUGGAUAGCUGGCAUGUAGAAAAUAAGCCCAGCGUUGUCUUGUUUGACCAAGUCCCUGUUAUUCCCCUGCUCUACAAAUUGACAGCGUUUGCAUUCAGAGAUUACGUGCGCUUCGGUUACGUGGACCAGGGUGAAACGCAAAGCAGUCGGCUGCUGCGGCAGUUCAACAUAAACACGUAUGCCCCCACCAUGCUGCUGUUUAAGGAGGAUACAGAGAAGCCUGUUGACAUCAUCCAGGCCAGAGGAAUGAAGCGACAGAUCAUGGAUGAGUUUGUCUCCAACAACAAGUUCCUGCAGGUGCCGCGCCUGGUCAACCAGCAGCUUUUUGAUGAGCUGUGUCCUGUCAAGCAGUUCCACCGACGGAGGAAGUACUGUGUGCUGCUGAUCACAGGGGAAGACCAAGCCUUUGUCCCAGGCAACAAGGCCUUUUUGGACUUCGCAUCAGCUAACAAAAAAGAGGUGCUGCGGUUUGCGUAUGUCUACCAGCGCCAGCAGCAGCCUCUCUGUCUGACACUGCUUCAUAAUCAGGCUGCACUGUCUCCUCAGGUGGUGAUUCUUGAGAGGCGGAGCCAGGCUGGUAAGGUCCUGUACCGCUCUGUCAGCGGUGGCUGGAACGGCAGUGAAGAAGACAAGCACAGGCUUUAUGAACAUCUGGAGCUCCUUCAGAAAGACCCCACCUAUCUGAGCUCAGACGCCACCCUGCCAGAACUCAACAACGAGAUGGCCCCCAUGUUUAUUAUUCAGUGGAUGAAUGCUGCCUAUGAUUACAUGCUUCAGCUGUAUGACGACCUUCUCUACUCAAACUGGCGAGAGAUGAUGCCCAUCCUGUCGCUGAUCUUCUCAGCUCUCUUUAUUCUUUUUGGCACCGUCAUCAUUCAGGCCUUCAGUGAGCCAAGUGAGAGCAAACCCCAGAAACCAAAGCCGAGGGAGCAACCACAAACUGAAGAUGAUGCUGCAAGUCGAGCUAGUACGUCAAGCCGUCCUCCUAAGAAAGACUUUGUGGAAGUUACAGAGCUGACGGACAUCACGUACACCAGCAACCUGGUCAAGCUCAGGCCGGGCCACAUCAACGUGGUCCUGGUGCUCACCAACGCCUCCAAGACUGCCCUGCUCAGGAAAUUUGCCAAGGAGGUUUUUUCCUUCUCUGGGACUCAGACCCUCCACUUCUCCUUCCUAAACGCUGAUAAGCACCGCCACUGGAUGCCAUCACUCCUUCGCGCAACCUCUGAUGCUAUGCAGAGCACGGGCCACUCAGACGAGGACGAGGAGUCGUCAGACUACAGUGGCCACGUCUUGGCCCUCAAUGGCCACAAGAAAUACUUCUGCCUCUUCCGACCCGUCUUCACGGGGGACGAUCCCAACGACUCUUCAUCCGAGACCUCUUUCUCCUCUGACAGCAGGAGAAAGUCCCGGUCCAGGUCUAGGUCCAGUUCCCACUCCCGAUCCAGGUCCCAUUCCAGGGAGGAUGGGGCCGUACCCAAGAGAGGCUCCAGUAGGGCCACCAGCAUAGAAGUCCACCACAAGCUUGACAGGCUGGGACUGUGGAUGGAGAGGCUGAUGGAGGGCACUCUGCCCAGAUUACGGGUCCCUGCGUGGCCCUCCCUUGAUGAACCCACUAACAACUCCUCCACAGAGAGCUGAGGUCAAAGUCAGUAAGAUGGUGUGGAGCAGGUGGAGGUUGAUGGCUUAGAGUAGUUUGAAGUGCUGAAGGUACAUACUGAGGCAAAGUCUGAGCUUCAAGAUGCCAUCUCAUGUCUUCUGUGCAGAAGCAGGAGGAAGAAAAAGGAGAGAAAAAAUGACUGUAUCAUAUACAUACACAGUCAUUCUUCACACACACGCACACACACCCAAACCCAAACAGGUGUGUUCUCUUAGCUAGCCACAGCAUUUUUCAUUUUGCUUUAUUGCUCACAUGUGACCACUGGUGUUUUUUUUUCUUGUCUCUGUUUAUGAAGCAUCAUGGUACGGACGUUAGCUGUAGCCAGCUGUGUGUGUGGAGUAUAUCCCUGUAUGUGUGUGUUACACAUUAACUCCAGUUCUUCGUGCUAUCUUCAUCUCCUUUUAACUCUUGGCUCUUUCAGACAACAUGGGGAAAAAAGUUUUUGUUUUGUUUUGGGUUUUUUUUGGUUUUUUUUGGCUGCCUUUGCUCUCUUUGAGUCUCUAAAACUCACUUUGCGUCUAAGCAGAUAUUUGCAGUUGACAGACAUCUUUCAUGCCUAUGAGCUUUGGCAUUAUGUCAAAUGAUCAGACCAUAUGAUUUGAUCUCCAAAAAGGUUAAUACGAAUACAGGCUUGGAGACCAAGCCUGAUGCACUGAAUUUAUAAUUAAAUUAUGUUUUUUGUUUAUUUGUUUCUCUUUUUUUUUUUUACUUUUAAGAGUCUCACAGCAUUGUAAGCGGUAAUAAUAAACUCAUUCACAUGCACACAGUCUACCUUUCCUCAUGUUCUCUAAACAUGUUUGAUGAUUGAAUAGGAUUCGUCGUGGCGUUUUUUUUUUCCUGCUCAGACCAAGUUGCCAUAAGUUGCUGCUGUUUAGUUAAGAGAUUUAACACUGAAUGGGCUAACAGUCCAUUUUGAAUUCUGAUUAAAUUACACUUUGUUUUGGGUAAGUGAGACCCAAAAUCUGCCUUCUUGUCUGAGUUCGCUUAAGUUCCUGUCACUUGUUUGAAUCAGGGAGAAAUGAUAAACCCUGUACUUAUCCUCUGUAAGCCAUUGCCCUUAAAUUGCUGUAAAUGUUUAUGCAUGCAAUCAGUAGGUCAGUCACUAAUAACUGGUUAAUUUGCACUGGCAACUUUUUCCUGCCGUCUCAUUUCCUCCUUUUACUCUGUAAUGGAAUAAUUUGCUGCUUAACAAAUAAUAAUUGUAGUACACUGUAAUUUGUAUUCUUUUUUUUGUAUGUCUUUUGAACUUCAUUUACAUCCAUAUCUAACUGAGAGCAAUGAAUUGUAACUUAUUAAAAGAAACUCAUUGGGACACAGCUUAUUUAUUAAAAUGUGCAUAUAAGUUUGA